GACUUCCUGAGAUGCACAAAUAAAUCUCAGGACAGGUGCUUGCCACUUGUCACAAGUUCUUCAGAGUGCUGCCGCUUAACUCUUUCUUCUCCAAUCCUUUCUCAAGUGGAAACAUUACAGUAUUGCCAAAAGCAAAGAUGGGCGCAGCAGAGUCAUCUUCCAAGCUUGGUGGCUCCGUCCAUGACUUCGUUGUNNAGGAUGUGAGAGGAAAUGAUGUGGAGCUCAGCAGAUACAAGGGGAAAGUCCUGCUUAUUGUGAAUGUCGCAUCUCGAUGUGGUCUGGCAAAUUCCAACUACACGGAGCUGGGCCAACUCUAUGAGAAAUACAGGGAGAAAGGAUUGGAGAUAUUGGCGUUCCCUUGCAAUCAGUUUGCCGGGCAGGAACCAGAUAGUGAUGAGAAGAUUGUGGAGUUUGCUUGCAAUCGCUUCCAAGCAGAGUUUCCUAUUUUUCGCAAGGUCGACGUGAAUGGCAACAAUGCUGCCCUGCUGUACAAGUUCUUGAAAUCAGAGAGAGGCGGUCUAUUUGGAGAGCGUAUCAAAUGGAACUUCACCAAGUUUCUAGUUGACAAAGAGGGGCACGUCAUGAACCGAUACGCACCGACCUGGUCCCCACUCGGCAUUGAGAAUGACAUCAAGAAGCUGUUGGAGGUUUGAGGUAUCUCCAGGGAAGAUCAUGCGGCGGCGUGUCAUGUGUAUGUGUCAUUUGUUCUUUUCGCUACUGUAUGUGUGUGUACACUUGCUCUAUCAAGAGUAACCCCAGUCUGUUGUAUGCUACUCUGUUUUCUACACGGUGAAAUAAUUUCCCCAAAAUUACAAA